AUGGACAAGUCAUGGGUUGAUUGGGCAGAUUGGUGUUCUAAGCCAUAUCGUGCGAAGUUAGAAGAUUUCUUGAACUUUGCAUAUCAUCUUCAUGGUAAUGGGUUUUGGAAGAAGUAUAAGAUCUGGGAUAAGCAUGGUGAGUCCAGGGAUGGUGCUAAUUCAUUGCAUAGAGCUGAGAUGUUUAUGGGGUCAAAUGAUUAUAUGGAAGAGGAUAUGGUUAGACUAGUCCAAGAAGCUAUAGGAACAGCAAAUGUUGUUAGACCACAUGAUGAGAGUGGUGGAGAAAGUUCAAAUCCACUUGUUGGGCCAAACGAGUCUACUAAGCAGUUCCUAAAGUUGAUGAAAUCUGCAAACCUUCCAUUAUAUCCUGGUUCUAAGAAACAUACAACAUUGUCAUUCAUUGUCAAACUCCUACAGGCGAAAGUGUUAAAUGGUUGGACUGACAAAUCUUUCAAAGACUUGCUUGACAUAUGUAACGAGUCUAUGCCAGAAGGUGUAAACCUUCCUAAUUCUUAUUAUCAAGCUCAGAAGUUAACUGAAGAUUUAGGGUUCACGUAUAACACAGUGGAUGCUUGCCCUAAUAGCUGUAUGCUUUUCAGAAAUGAAGACAUAAAUCUUGAUCAAUGUUUGAUAUGUAAGGCAUCUCGAUGGAAAGAAGAUGGUUGCAGUUUAGUUUCUGAUUUGGGACCUGGGAAACGGAAGGCAGCAAAACAAGCAAGAUAUUUUCCUUUGAAACCAAGGUUGCAGAGGUUGUUUAUGUCCUCUAAAACUGCAACGCUUAUGAGAUGGCAUGCCGAGAAACGAACUAAUGAUGGUGUGUUUAGGCAUCCUGCAGACUCUCUCGCUUGGAAGGAUUUUGACAAGAAACAUCCAAGUUUCUCUGGAGAUAUUCGCAAUGUAAGACUUGGGUUGGCCUCAGAUGGAUUUAAUCCAUUCCGGACUAUGAACAUAGUUCAUAGUACUUGGCCUGUCAUACUAGUUCCGUACAACUUACCGCCAAUUAUGUUGAUGAAGCAACCUUUUAUCUAUCUAUCUGUGUUUAUUGAUGGCCCAAAAGGACCUGGUGAUAAGAUCGAUGUUUACUUGCAGCCACUCAUUGAAGAGUUGAAGGAAUUGUGGGAUGAGGGCAUAGAAACUUUUGACGCAUCAAGCAAUCAAAUGUUUCAAAUGCAUGCUGCCUUACUUUGGACGAUUAAUGAUUUUCCUGCCUAUAAUAAUCUAUCAGGGUGGAGUACAAAAGGUGAAUAUGCAUGCCCUUCUUGCAACUCUGAAACUGCUUCUAUAUGGUUGCCAAACGGUAAAAAGUUCUCAUAUGGUAGCAGCCGGCGGUUUUUACCUUAUGAUCACAAGUAUUGGAAGGAUCCCAGAUCUUUCAAUGGCUUACGAGAAUAUAGACGAUCUCCUACAACAUUAUCUGGAGUAGAUCUUCUCACCCAGCUUCAAUCGAAUGAGAAGAAUGUGUGUGACAAUGUUCUUGGGACCAUACUAGGAGUUGCUGGAAAAUCAAAGGACAAUAUCAGUUCUCGACGUGAUCUUGAGCUUAUGGGAAUUAGAGAGCAGUACCAUGUGAAGAGGAGGGAGUCCGGUUCAGAAUACUUUAAUCCUGCAGAUUUUGAGAUGAAUAAUGAUGGGAAAGAUAAGUUCCUCGUAGCCUUAUCAGAAACAAGAAUGCCGGAUGGUUCUGCUUCUCAUAUUGCACGGCGGCAAUUGAUUCCAUUAUCUGUACGAAGUUCUUUACCGAAGAAAGUGGUCGAAGGGCUUAUUGAUCUGGGCAAGUUUUUCAAAAUAUUUCCACCAUCAUUUUUUGAUGUGAUGGAGCAUUUACCUGUCCAUCUAGUCCAAGAAGCAUUAAUUGCUGGUGCUGUGCAGUUUCGGUGGAUGUACCCCAUUGAGAGGGAACAUCUUACUGCCAUUAAACAACAAUUUCCGGAUGCAGAUGACCAUUAUGUUCAACAUGUUCAUUUUGAUGAGUUUGCGACCUGGUUUAAGGAUCAUGUUAUAACUCUGCAAAACACAAGUGAUAUCUUGUUAUCAGAAGAAAUUAUUGCCUUGUCUAGUCCUCCUAGUCCUUUAGCAACUAAGGUGAAUUCAUAUACAUCUAAUGGGUGUGAUUCGAUACAUCCUGUGGUAGGGAUAAAAUUAGAUCCUUUUAACUUCACUUUAGUUAACUUCAAUCGAUUGUUGUAUCGAAAUGAUCGGGUUGGGGAUGAACCAUUCAUCUUAACAUCUCAAGCACAGCAGGUGUGGUAUGCUCCAGAUCCUUCAGGACAAGGUUGGCUAAAUGUCGUCGAAAUGGAGUCAAAAAACUUCUCUCAUGUGCAAACUGACAAUACUGAAGAAAAUGAUAGCUCAGGGGAGUUAAUGGAUGGUGUUGAAAUGGAUGAAUAA